GCCUCCAGGCUUCCAGCACAGUCCCCAGCAGACAGGGCUAACUGCCACCCUGCUCUGCGGGGGGCCAAGCCUCUCCUCCCCUGACCUGCACACCCCCACUCCCUCCCCAGGUUGGGUCCUUUCAGCUCCCCGGGCCCAGCUGAGCCCCACCGAGCUAAGGAAGGUGGCCGGUGAGGGUGCCUGGGGCCGGGCCAUUUGGGCUGGGGGAGACCGAUGGUCCCUGCAGAAGCACAUAGGCCGCCUGCCUCCCCGCGAGGUCCGCCUCCGCUCCCUCCAGCACCCCCUGUCUCCUGUCUCCGGGUCUCCGCAUCCCUCUCUCUCCUCCCAGCUGCCACACCCCGAGGCCGGGGCCCUGAGCCUGCCCCGCACAAGCCCUGCUGGGCAGCCCGCUGAGGUGGGGCAGGUCGGAGGGGUGGGCUGGAAGUGCGGCUCCGUGGGCCGGUCCCUGCAAAGGGCACCAGUGGAGGUCGGGUCGCCCUCUCCUCGAAUCCUUUCUCCCUGCCUGUCCACCCCAGUGUCUGCCCCCCCAAGUUGUGAUCACACCUUCCCGUCCGCCCCCACCCUGCAGCCUCUGAGGGCCCCCUCCUGACCCCACCUCUUAAGUUCCCUCAGAGGCUGACAGGGCCCUGAGAGGCUCCUGGCUUGGAAGCAGAAAGGCAGGUGGGGGGCAGGCCAGGUGGGGCGCAGGAGCCAGGCCUCCCCCCGGAGCUCCAAAUUUCCCAAGGGUUCCAGAGCCAGAGUCCAGGCCAGGCCAUAGAAGCCAGAGCUGACCCAUCCUGUGUCCUCCCAAUUCACUACCCAAGCAGGACGUCACACGCCAGGUCCUUAUGCUGUCCCUAGACUGUCAUCGUACAACCACUAACCUCACCCCCACCCAAGAACACCACCUCCGCCUCCACCUCCACCAGCAUCACGAGGGACCUGCUCAGAUCCAUGUGGGGGAGACCUGCAUCCAGGGAGAGGAACGCAUGAGGUCACUGGCCGGGAAGGGCAUGCCAUACGAGGCCAGGCCCAGCUUGCCCCUAAAAGAGCAACGAUCCGGCGGGCUGCGAGGCCUGGGUCCAUCGCGCCGCGCCGCGUGGGGCCGCUCGGAGUGGAGGCCGCCUGGGGGCGGGCGGGCUGGAGGCGCAGGUACAUGUGAAGAUUUCUUGGCAGCUUAGUGUGGAAACCAUUGAUCACCUUGCCGUCAUUUCUGCCUGUUCUGUGUCAGCAAGAGAGAGUGCCCAAAUGAGCAAGAUAGCCCAGCGGAACAGUACUCCGGGAAUAAGUGUUAUUCAUACUCAGGCUCAUGCUGGCGGCUUACAGCAGGUUCCUCAGCUGGUGCCUGCUGGCCCCGGGGGAGGAGGCAAAGCCGUGCCCCCAAGCAAGCAAAGCAAAAAGAGUUCGCCCAUGGAUCACAACAGUGAUGAGUAUCGUCAGCACAGAGAGAGGAACAACAUGGCUGUGAAAAAGAGCCGGUUGAAAAGCAAGCAGAAAGCACAGGAUACACUGCAGAGAGUGAAUCAGCUCAAAGAAGAGAAUGAACGUUUGGAAGCAAAAAAUAAAUUGCUGACUAAGGAAUUAAGUGUAUUGAAAGAUUUGUUUCUUGAGCACGCACACAACCUUGCAGAUAACGUGCAACCCACUAGCACUGAAAAUACAACUUCUGAUAAUGCAGGACAGUAGACCUCACCCCUUCCAAACUUCACAACUUGUGGCUUGAACGUUAAAGGUGUGACUACCUACAUCACUCAUAUCAAUGGCCGAACAUUGUCUUGUUCCAUUAUUCAAAGACCCACUGAAGGUUGUUUUCUAGGAUCAGCACUGAAGAGUUGAUUAGCUAAAAAUGUUAGCCAUGUACUUUGAAUAUCUAGUUUUAAAUGAUACGGAUUUUUUUGUGGGGAUAAAACCAAUUUUUGAGGUAUAUGGUAAAAAAAAAAAAAAAAAAGCCCUGGACCUUGAUAUUCUUAAUAAAUCCUCACUUCCCAAAAAAAAAAAAAAAGAGCAAUGAUCCAGCCAAAAAGAGAGGAUUCUGGGAUGCGGGGGCUGUUACAGAGUGGGGUGGGCAUGGCAGGGUGUGCCACACGCUUUCUCUCGCGAAUCCUCACCCUCAUUUCCCCUAGGUGACUGAGGCACCUUCCCAGAUGGUGCCAUUGCCUCCCAAGACAAUUCCUGCAUCUUUUUGUCCUCAUUCUCUGUGCACUAUGGCUGUACCUACUUCAUAGGUAUGAGGGAGGAGACUCAGGGAGGGGACAGUCCCUCAGCAGGUCAUAGGCACAGAAGCCCAGGUCUCACUGGUUCCAGGAUCCCAGGCAGGGUUCCUCCACACCUCCAAAAUGUGGGGGUGGUGGGGGCUGGGCAUGUCACUGGGUUCUUUUUCUGGAGCCCCUGGGAACAAGGCCCUGUUUUCCAGCUGGGAUUGCUGACUUGGUUGAUAUUAAUUUGAAGCUGCUAUUAUCAUCCUGUCACCAUGAAGGGAGUGAAGUUUACACCACAAAAGAGGGACAUCUACACUGAGGAAGACUGACAGAGAGAUGAAGAGAAACAGAUUCCUGAAGGCAUCCACUGAGCACCUGGAUCCAGCUAUGCCUGAAGCCUAUCCUCUCGUUUAUGUGAGGCAAUAAAUUCUCUUUGA